CACACCAAUUAUCCCUUGAUUGUCUGAUCGCAAUAGGCAAGUUGCUCAGGACAAUUUAGGAACGAUCACAAGAUCGGGGAUUCGGAGCUGCCGGAGGGUGGGGGGCCUCGGAGGCGGCAGAGCCCACUCUCGUCCCGCAUCCGAGCCCACUCUCGUUCCGCCUCGGAUUUCGGAGCAAACAGGCCCGGGGGCGAAGCGGUUUGCCUCGGGUCGCACAGGUCGCUCAGGGCUCGGAGGCGUCGCUCGCUCCCACGGGUGGGACCCGGAGCUCGAGCUUUGGAGGAGGGGGCUCUGGAGCGGCCGGAAGCCCCCGGGCCCGUAGCCUGAAGUCUCCCAUGCGUCCCUUGGCUCGGGCGCCCCAGUGACUCGAGGGGAGGGGUCGCCCCUCUUUCUAUGUGACGUCCGGCCAGCUGCCGAGCCUCCCGGUUCCAGCCUAUUCCCUUUCGCUCCCGGCCGGUCAAGCAGAAGUAGCCUGGAAGAAGACCAUGGCCAGGUACAGCCAGCAGAGCCUCCUGGACUGGCUCUACGGGGGCGUGGACCCCAGCUUUGAAGGCAACGGGGGCCCCGACUGCGCCGCGUUCCUCUCGUGGAAGCAGCGGCUGCUGGAGAGCGGGGCCUUCCUGGCCCUGGCCGUGCUGGAGAUCCUAGUGGCCCUGUGGCAUCUCCUGUGGAAGCCCAAGGAGGACAGGGGAGGUCGAGGGGCAGGCCCCCGGCCCCCGCCGCCGCCGCCGCAGGCCAAGGAGAGCCUCUUCAAGAACCUGCUCCUCGUGGCCCUGUGCCUGACCUUCGGCGUGGAAGUGGGCUUCAAGUUCGCCACCAAGACCGUCAUCUAUCUGCUCAACCCCUGCCACCUGGUCACCAUGAUGCACAUCUUCCUCCUGGCCUGUCCUCCCUGCCCGGGCGUUGUGGUCAUCUUCAGGCUACAAAUGCACAUGUUGAAUGGGGCGCUACUUGCAUUGCUUUUUCCCGUGGUGAACACUCGCCUGCUGCCCUUGGAGUUGGAAGUUUACUAUGUUCAACACAUCAUGCUCUAUGUGGUACCUGUCUAUCUGCUGUGGAAAGGAGGCGUCUACACCCCUGAGCCGCUUUCCAACUUUUGGUGGGCCCUCCUGGCGACCGGUCUAAUGUUCUUCUAUCACUUCAGCAUCCUGCAGUUCCUGGGCCUGGCCACUGAAGUGAACCUGAACAACAUGCUGUGUCCGGCCGUUUCUGAUCCGUUCUACGGUCCCUGGUACCGGAUCUGGGCUUCGGGGCACCAGACCCUCAUGACUAUGACCCACGGCAAGCUGAUCAUUCUGCUGGCCUCCACCGCCAGGCCCAUGUUCAAGUACCUGGUGGAUUUGCUCCGCCUUCCGACCAAGAAGAUCGACUGAAACUUGCUCUCCAGCCCCGGAGAACGCUCCUUUCUUGACGCCGUCAGGAAGGGAGGAUUGUGUGUGUCGUGUUUCUUUCUCUUUCCGUCCCCUCGCUCUCUCCCACGGCUCGGGCUGCCUGAGCCUAACGCUGGGACUCCUGGGCCAUUUCUCUCCCACCCCCACCCCCAUCCUGGUGGCCUUAGCUGGGGAGGCGGCAGCUGAUCUCUCUUCUCUCCAUGCAGGUGCUUUAGUGACAGCUCUUUGAGAAAGGAAGGUGCUACAGCAGCAAAACCAUGAGAACUUGUUUCCACUGCCAGGGACACCGGGCCCGUCCUAUUGUCAGCACAGCCCCCGCGCUGGGAUCAUACCUCAUUUCAGUACCAGCAGUGAGCCCGAGCUGGGGGGUGGGGGGUCGGGUUCCCUAAAUCACGGCCAAAGUGGGCUCUGGGCCAGCCCGGGACCACCUAUUCUUGAGUUCUAAAUUUCUGUUGGGGGUGGGGGUGGGGGGCACAGGGGAAAGGAGCACACAGAGUUGGGUUUUUCCCGGGGGCAAGGGGGGGAGGGUUGAGUUCCCUAAAUCACAGCCAAAAUAGGCCCUGGGCCAGCCUGGCCCAGAACUUCUGAGUUCUAAAUUUCUGUUAGGGGAGGGGGGUGGGGGGCACAGGGAAAAUGAAAACAGAGUUGGGUUUUUCGGGGGGGGGGGGUUAGGGAGCAGUAUCAUUUCUCUAGGGCUCAGUUAUUCUCUGUAGAAUUAUGGGAUUGGACUAGAAUACCUUCAAGGCCCCUUCUCAAUGUUGAUUUUUUGGUCCGAUGUGGGACUCUGGGCAAGUCACUUCCUGUUCGGGGGCCUGUUUUCGCCUUUGAAAAAAGAAGGGCAGGGCGGGCGGGAGGGAAGUUGCCCUCCGAGGCCCCUUCCAGCUUGGGAGUUAGCGUCCCAGGCUACCAUCUCCAACUAGCAGCUGGGAAAGCUCCGAAGGGCGGCGACCUCCACAUAAACACUCUGAACGGCCCGGGCUUCUUGUGCCACAGAAUCUCAAGAGUAGAAAGGAUGACGUGGUCUCCCGACCCCGGGGCUUUGGGCAUCCAUCAGCGGAGGCCUUUUGCUUUGAACAAGUGACUAAUCCAGGGAAGAGGGAGUCCGAAGGUUUCUGUGAUGGCCCGUGGGCCAGUGGAGAGAGUGCUAGACUUCCUGUGGGAAGUUUGAAGGGUCUCGAUCGGGCCUCAGCUACUGGGAGGACUCUGAGCAAGUCAUUUCAUCUCUGUUUCCUUAUCUCGAAAAUGAGGAUCCCCUAGCACCUGCCUCCCAGAGUGGAGGCUAAAAUGUGAAAAUAUAAGGAGAAUACGAGCGAAACACGGGCCAUAGUUAGCAAUAAUAUGGCCAGCAUCGGGAGCACCCUGGUUAUUCUGUAAGCCGCCCCCUCAGCCAGCCAGGGUGAUUGGGAGGUGAAGCCUCAUCUUUGGCCAAUGGGGCUUGUCCGGACCAUCCCCACGCCCCCGGGCCUGGGGCUGCGAUUGGCCAGAGCUGCCGGGGGAGGUCACUCACCUCCCUCCCGUGCGUGUGGUCACGAGACUUGAAAGAUGUAUAGGCCACAGAUGUAUCUCAGGAAAGAAGGUCUCGAUUGAACUUUCUGUGAGUCCCUGUUCAUCCGAAAUGAUUUAGUUAGCAAAGGGGAAGGCCCUGGAAGGGCUCCUCCUUCAGGGCGUUCCCCUGUAGCCUAUCCUAGUUCUAGUGUGUUUACCAUUAUCUGUAUUAAUGACAGAGGAAGCAUUAGUAAUGGAGGGGAAGCUUGACUUGAAGCACAUCCUUCUAGGCAGAGAGCGCACUUUUAGUGCAGAAAAAUGCAUUCUGGGUGAGCAGCCGAGGUCUGGGAUGCCCGGGUGCCUCCUCGUGGCGUCUCCCCCAGCUUUCUUGACAGUGCCAAGAUAUCUCCCUAGCCCUCGUGGCCAAAUUUCCACGUGCCACUUGACGGUCCUUGCUCCUCAACCUGCGGGGGAAGCGGGUACGGGUGGAAGGGGAGACUGCUUCCUUUUGAGCAGUGAGGACCAGGGCCAAGCCCCCCCCCCCAGGCACUCUGAGCCACAGUUGGCGGUAUAUGAGAAGCACCCUUUGUUGGAGGAGGCGGGUACGGGGUCGAGCAACUCAGCGGCGACUGCACGGGUCUCUCCCCACCCACCUCCUUUCCCAUCUCACACCUCCUGCGGCGGCUAGAUCAAGGACCUUAGUGAGACCGAGCUCUUCUAUCAGACACGUUGGAAUCACGUUGGCUGUUGCCAAAGCUGGGGUUUGACUUAGCUUUGAGAAUCCUGGGAUUGAGAAACUGGGGCCUUCCCUGCGAUUAGGGUGAUCCAUAGUCAGCCCCGCACUGCACGUGAGCUGGUUUGCUCACUCAAGGUCUCUUAUACCCCCUUGAAAUUUAAAUUCUCCCCUGUCUCCCUUCCCCCUUUAAGAGUUGAUGAUUUUCAGAUUUUUUUUUCCCAAAGGAGGUGAAGGGAUGGUAGUGUUGCAUAGUGGGCAGCGUUAGGUCGACCUGGGCACAAGGCACAUCUCUGAUAUGACAUGGCUGUGAGACUCUGGAUCAGUCACUUCUUUCUGUGCUCCAAGGCUAUAAGUUGAUCUGGGAAAAACCAAACCAGAAUGAUGAUCCUUAGCAGGUAGAGUGUACGUGGGAGAGGUGCCAGAUUGGGAGGCUGAGGCUUUGCCACUUACUCUUUGGGACCUGUGGCAAAGCAUUUUGCUUCUUGAAGCCCAAACUGUGCCCUAAGACUCCUAAGUUGUAGAGUGGGCGUCAAGCCGAAUGGACAGAUUUCCCUCCUGGGAAAUCCCGGGUGGAUUUGCCGCCCAAGCCAAAUCUGGUAUGGGCCACAAAAUCGGGAGGCAGGAUGGCACUGGGUAAGGCAUGAGAGGAGGCCUGGCCUCGCUGGGUCCGGCACAGCCCCUCCGUCCAUCCUCUGAAGCCCAAGGUCCCAGAUAGGAAGGGAAUGCCCGCUCCCACCGGCUCUUCUUGGCAGUGGUACGGUCCCACACGCAGGCCUGCUGCUCGUGGCUCGGCCGGGGUCGUCACGGACCGAGCUCUUGGGCAAAAGCUCGCUCUCCGUUUUGUUCUGUUUCCCCGCACCCCGCUUUCCUUUACCGAAUGUGAGAAUGAGUGGGGCAACUGGCAUGGGGAGAGACCCGCUCGCUCUUCCCAGUCCGAGCCGGAGGCAGGGCUCCAUGCACGGGCUGGGUGGCCACAACCAGUACCGCCUCUUCAGUAGUCCUCCCGGUAUUUUGGAAGCCGUGGGACUAGCAACCGGCAUCGGCCACGCCGGGCCGGCCCUCGCCGCCUCCCUCCAGCCCUUCCUUCGCCCCUCCUCUGGAACCUCAGUUACUGUUACUAUUGCCGUUGUCGUUGGAAAUGUUUUCGUAAAAGUGUUUUAAGUUUCAUAACCUUGGACCCCGCUUAGGUCAUUCUUUUGGAGUCAUUAGACUUGUAGCCUUGGCUAUUUCUGUUUCCGAAGCUCCCUGAGUAAGGUGGGGCCUUCACUAGGGGACCUAUUGUGCAAAUGUUUUGUAGGGUGACAUCAUUAAAAGAUUUAUGAGAA